CUGUUCCCGAGAACUACUUCCGGGGGUCAUUGCCGUGCAUCGUUUUUCCCUGAGCUGUUCUAUUUUCAGUUUCAACUUUUAUACAUAUUUGCUUGUUUACCAACACAAUGUCCCGAGGGUCGAGUGCAGGAUUUGACCGACAUAUUACCAUAUUCUCUCCAGAGGGCAGACUCUACCAAGUCGAAUAUGCAUUCAAGGCUAUCAAUCAAGGUGGCCUUACCUCAUUAGCUAUCCGAGGACAAGACUGUGCAGUUGUCGUCACACAGAAGAAAGUUCCAGACAAGCUUCUUGAUGCCUCCACAGUCACACACCUAUUCAAAAUCACAGAAAACAUUGGCUGUGUCAUGUCCGGAAUGACGGCUGACAGCAAGUCUCAAGUCCAGAGAGCUCGCUACGAAGCAGCCAACUGGAAGUACAAGUAUGGCUAUGAGAUCCCAGUGGACAUGCUGUGUAAGAGGAUGGCUGACAUCUCUCAGGUGUACACACAGAAUGCUGAGAUGAGACCUCUGGGUUGCUGCAUGAUAGUGAUUGGUGUGGACGAGGAGUGUGGUCCCCAGGUGUAUAAGUGUGACCCUGCAGGAUACUACUGUGGCUUCAAGGCCACUGCUGCUGGGGUCAAACAGACAGAGGCCACCACCUUCCUGGAGAAAAAGGUCAAGAAGAAACUGGACUGGACCUUUGCGCAAACAAUCGAGACUGCGAUAACUUGUUUGUCUACGGUACUGUCCAUUGACUUCAAGCCCUCCGAGCUAGAGAUCGGUGUCAUUACAACGGAAGACCCUAAAUUCAGGAUCCUGACAGAGACCGAGAUCGAUGUCCACCUUGUGUCCCUGUCAGAGCGAGAUUGAGUGUUUCCAUGUGUUCCAGUCUAGAGGGGAGACUACCCUAGAAAUAUGACAGAGAACACUACCACUGAUCUUCAGAACGAAAGCCCUGACUUCUUUUUUGCUGUACAUUUACGCUGUUCAAUUAAAGAGAAUGUUUUCGAGAAACUCAAA